AUGCCGGAACAUCAUUUCCCUCAGACGGAGGAAGGAAUGACGGAGGUACCUAUACAUAGAUACUUUCCGGCAUUUUCACUUUCAAAACAACUGAACUCCUACUCUACCAGCAACUCAAUUUUAUUUCACUUAUUUCAUCUUAUUACGCAGUGUACUUUCGACGCAACCGCAACGUCGCAAAAAAACUUUCUCGACCAUCUAGCAGACGCAGAGUAUGAGAUCUGGCAAAAGUAUUACCAUUUGCUAGGCUUGACUGAUGCGAACGGAAAGACUCGCUUGAAGGUACAGCUACAGACUAACUUGUAGCUCUUUCUACUAGGUGUAGUUAGAGUCACAGUUCAUGUUCAAGCAGCACUGUUCUCACUAAUUCGAAGCUUAUGCCAAUCAUAGCGACGUUAGCACGACGUGUUUCAUGUCGACAUUCUUGCUUUUCAUCUCAUUCGUGGUUCAUAGAUCAUCAACUCUUUCCUUUACUCGAGUUCGAUCAUGUUAAGAGGUCGAUAGUCAGUGUCAGAGAUACUGCUAGUGUAGAGAAACUAGACCCACUCUGAUCAACACCAUCAGGGACACGUCGGUCACAUAGUCGUAGACGAUGAGGAGGCGC